GGUCCGUCCAUGAUCCAUUGCAUCCAAGCAAUACAAAAGCAUGCCAAUGAAGCAGGAAACUGAGAGGAAAAUACCCUGCAAGAGUGACACCAGUUACUAUAUAUUCCCAUUAAAAAUUGAUUUUCGAUGUGUGAACCUUCACCUUGAAACCGAUGAGUUUAAUUAACUAUGGCAAUGAAAACGCGUUUUUGGUUUUUCUCAUUUCUUCUUGACAGAGUCUCCCCAAAACAAGCCUAAAUCAUCCACUUCCUCUUCUUUCCUUAUCCUCUUCUCUCUCAUUCUCUUCAAACCUCCCAAUUUUUUCAUUUUUAUUCAAAGUUUGAUUCUUUGUGGAGAUUUUGCAUUUAUCAUUUUCCUUAAGUUUUGUUUCCUUGUUUUGUUUGCCUUUUGUGAUUGGUUUUGAGAGUGAAUUCUCACAUCACACGCCUACCCUUUUAAUCUUCUCUUGUGUAACCUCAGAGAUUGUUGUAAAGUUUUGGUCUUUCUGGGGUUUGAAUUUUGUGCCUUGACUUCCACCCUGAUUUUCCACAAGGUGCUUGAUGUUGGUAUCUUCAUAAUUCAUAAACCAUGGUUUUGAGGGUUUCUCUCAUUGUGAUUCUCCUUGUGUUACACUAUUCUUUCACUGUGGAUGCCGUUUUUGGGCAUCACAACCACAAUGGAUCUUCUCUUGCUGCAGUCAAGUUUCCUGAUCAUGCAAACUUCAAUGCUGUUUCUUCUUCAACAGAAUCUGGGUGUAGUUUCUCCAAGUCAGAGAAAUUUGAGCUUUCUGUGGCUACCAUGACAUCAGAUGGUGAAGAGGGAGAGCCUUUGGUGGCAGCAGAACAGCACAAGCAAUAUGUGAAACUCAAUUUGAGGCACCACUCGGUGAGAAAAGAUGCUGCUGAGCCUAAAAAAUCUGUGGUUGAGUCCACAGUGAGAGACUUGAAGAGAAUUCAGACCCUUCACAGAAGGGUCAUAGAGAAGAAGAACCAAAACACAAUUUCAAGGCUGGAGAAGGCACAGGAGCAAUCAAAGAAGUCCUACAAGCUGGCGGAUACUCCGGCAGCGGCGGCGGCGCCGGAGUAUCUUUCCAGUCAGCUCGUGGCAACCUUGGAGUCAGGGGUGAGUCAUGGCUCUGGUGAGUACUUCAUGGAUGUGUUUGUUGGCACACCACCAAAGCAUUUUUCUCUAAUACUUGAUACUGGUAGUGAUCUUAAUUGGAUUCAAUGUGUCCCUUGUUAUGCUUGUUUUGAGCAAAAUGGACCAUACUAUGAUCCUAAGGAUUCUAGUUCUUUUAAGAACAUAACAUGCCAUGAUCCAAGGUGCCAAUUGGUGUCAUCCCCAGACCCUCCUCAGCCUUGCAAGGCUGAGACUCAAAGCUGUCCAUACUUCUAUUGGUAUGGGGAUAGUUCCAACACAACUGGUGAUUUUGCACUUGAAACUUUCACAGUGAAUCUCACCACACCUAAUGGCAAGCCUGAACUCAAGCUUGUUGAGAAUGUCAUGUUUGGUUGUGGUCAUUGGAAUAGAGGGCUUUUUCAUGGUGCUGCUGGAUUGCUUGGGCUGGGGAGAGGGCCAUUGUCAUUUGCCACUCAGCUUCAAUCCCUUUAUGGCCAUUCCUUUUCCUACUGCCUUGUGGAUAGGAACAGCAACUCAAGUGUUAGUAGCAAGUUGAUAUUUGGUGAGGACAAGGAGCUUCUCAGCCACCCCAAUUUGAAUUUCACUUCCUUUGUUGGUGGCAAAGAGAACCCUGUUGAUACAUUUUACUAUGUCCAGAUAAAGUCCAUCAUGGUUGGUGGUGAGGUGCUGAAGAUUCCUGAGGAAACUUGGCAUUUGUCAGCAGAAGGUGGAGGAGGCACAAUCAUUGAUUCUGGCACCACUUUGACUUAUUUUGCUGAACCUGCCUAUGAGAUUAUCAAGGAGGCUUUCAUGAGGAAAAUCAAGGGGUAUCCACUUGUUGAAAAGUUCCCCCCUCUAAAGCCAUGCUAUAAUGUGUCUGGGGUUGAGAAAAUGGACCUUCCUGAAUUUGUGAUCUUGUUUGCUGAUGGGGCUGUGUGGGAUUUCCCUGUGGAGAAUUACUUCAUCCAGAUUGAACCUGAAGAUGUUGUUUGUUUGGCUAUUUUGGGGACUCCUAGGUCUGCACUUUCAAUAAUUGGAAACUAUCAGCAACAGAAUUUCCACAUCUUGUAUGAUGUCAAGAAAUCAAGACUUGGCUAUGCACCAAUGAAGUGUGCUGAUAUUUAGAAUCUUGCUAGGGAUGAAAGGUGUAUAGGAGGAGAAAAUAGUAUAUAGUUCAGGAUCCUGUGGUCCUAAUUAAUCACUAUACGAUAUGCAAUUGAGUUUUUUUUUCUCGUAAAUUGAGAAACUCGACUUCAUAUUAUAUAGAAAUUGAUUGGGAUUAUGGACAUGUAGCAAUCUAAGACUACCUAAUAAUUACUCUUUAAGAGAGAACAAACUAUGAACAAGGUAAUUCUUGAGGUUGAUUUUUUCUUUUUGGGGGGAAAGUGAUAUACACAUAAAAGAAAGAAAGUUGGGUUUUGUUUCUUCAGGUGGCCUAGGUAAUUACAGGAACAAGGUCAUUACAAAUACAAACGUUUCAUUUGUUAUGUACACAUUUAACUGCUUCAAUUAUGAGUUCAUUUUCACUUUCAAUUC